AUGUCUCAGGCUGAGUUUGACAAAACUGCUGAGGAUGCUAAGCACCUCAAGACCGAGCCAGCAGAUGAUGAGAUGCUGUUCACCUACAGCCACUAUGAACAAGGAACUGUGGGUGGCACAAACACAGAGCAGCCUAGGCUGCUGGAUUUCAAAGGCAAGGCCAAGUGGGAUGCCUGGAAUCAGCUGAAAGGGACUUCCAGGGAAGAUGCCAUGAAAGCUUCCAACAACAAAGUAGAAGAUCUAAAGAAAAAGUAUGGGGCGAGGACAUUUAAGGUCAGGCCAACAUCAUGCAGGCAAAAACUCAAUAAGGGCUUCACUGCCCUGUAUUUCCCACCACAUCUGGGUCAGGUCCCAGCAAAGCGAGGGCGUGAGAAUGUGGCUGCUGUCUGCUUUGCUCCUUCCCUAGUCCUCAGGGAAAUGCAGGUCAUUUUGGACAUGAGGUUGAAGAAGGUGGCCAUGAUCCAGACAAAAAUCAGAGGCUCUAUCACGGUAGAAGAAGGGAAAACAGCUAUUUAG